AUGUCUUUACUUCGAUCAACCACGUCGCGCGUAGCCUCGAGGCUCCACCCAUUGCGCAAUGCAGUCCAAGUCCAAGGUCGGACGUAUGCCAGCGCGCGCGGCCUACCCGCCAAAAUGAACACAAGCAACGUCCCAUGGAUGGCAGCCGCCGCUGUCGGUACCGCUGGGGGUCUUUAUCUCGUGACAAAGCAAGACACCUCCCACGCCGACAGCAAGCAAGCAAAAGCGCAACACACCAACGUGGGUGAAAUCACCUACAAAAACGAGGGCGAUACUACACCAUCAAAGGACAAGGACUUUGCACCCGGGACUCAGAACGGCAAAAGCGGCGAAAAGCUGGGACAGAAAAAGAUACAAGAGAAACCUGAUUCUAGUCAACCUGGCGCCGGUCGUCCUGACCCCGACGAAGAAGGCGGUCUCAGAGGCCACGGACCGCGUGAUUCCAAGAAGUCUGGGGACCCAGGCGCCGUGACGCCUGACUUAUACGACAAGCCCGAUCCCCGCGGCAAACCCACAAGCAUGAACCACAUGUCUGGCAAACAAGAGGGUCUGUCGAACGCAGAUACGCAUCAUACAUCGCAGGUUUCGCACCAGCCCGAGAAAAGUAAGAAGGGUGAGGGUGUGGCGGAGACGGCGAAGCUCAAGGGCACUGUUUCGACGGAUCGGCCGGGACCGGAGAAUAAAGAGGAGAGGGGGAAGGCGAGAAUGGACAAGAAUGCCUAA